GUAGCACUGUAGCAUCAGCUGCGUGCUGUACAGCUUGCGCCAGGAGUCUACACUAGCAGCCAAACAAUAUCAGUAGUCCAUCCGCCAAUCGCGAGAACACCACAGACAUGUCGCUCCUGCGCCUAGGCCUCCUAGGCCUCUCCGCCGCCAUCUCCGGCAACCUCCGCCGCUCCCUCUCCACCGCCACCUACUCGCACCCACCAUGGGUCAUCAUCGGGGAUACAACGAUGGUGGACAGAUCAUUGUCGGACCCGGGCGUGUGCUUCCGCGCCGUCGAUCCUCCGGGCGUCUCUGAUAUCACCGCCCCGGCGCACCUCAUUAGCCCCAGGGAACGCCCCGCCUCUGACAUCUUCCAACUUCUCGCCGGCGAUGUCCGCGCAGCCAGCGGCGACGGCCAUCUCCUCCUCAACUACCACGAUCUCCAAGCGGGGGGGGGGGUUCCCUGGACCUCCUGGGAAAUGACCGAGGACGUCGAAACCCACCGCUUCGUCUGCAACCCUCUCAGCGGCCAGAUGCUCCGCCUGCCGGACAUCGGUGGCUCCAAGAGGAUCCUUGUCCACAACCACAUGGGCCUCCUCACCCAGGCCGAUGGCGGGCGCGGGCACGGGCCGCCUGACAGAUUCGCCGUAGCCGAGCUCGUCUUCAAUGGCACUGGCCUUCAGCGGUUUCUGUCAGAUGAAGGAGAGUGGGAGACGGUGGUGAGCAUGCCAUGCCGAUCUCUCCCCCCGCGCGAGUUGUUGAUAUUCCAAGAGACGGUUGCCUUGGGCGGCCGGCUGUGGUGGGUCGACUUGACCUUCGGCGUCAUCUCCGUGGACCCAUUCUCCCACCGGCCGGAGGUCUGCUGCAUCGAGCUGCCCAGCGGCAGCGUCGUGCCUGCACGUGCACCCAUAGACGGGGAUAUCAGCAAGGCCCAGGAAACCGUGAGGUUCAUGCGGGAGCUGGCCAAGUACCGGCGCGUUGGGGUGAGCGACGGGAGGCUGCGGUACGCCGAGCUCACUCCUGGCGGGCCGCUCCUGCUCUGCUCGUUUGCGCUCCAUGACGAGGCCAGCGGCUGGACGCUGGAGCAUCAGGUGGAGCUCAGCCAGGUCUUGGCGGAUGGAGGCUACCAGCUGCAGCACAACUCGCCGGGGCCACAGAUUGCCGUCCUCGACCCGCUCAACGCCAGCGCCGUGCAUCUCAAGGUUGGCAACCACGUCGUCGUCGUGGACGUGCGCAAUGGGAAGGUGAUCGGGGCCUCUCCGCCGCUUCCUGAGAGUCAAGCCGACUGCUUUUCUUGUGCGUCAUGUGUGCUUCCACCGUGGCUUGGAGCAAGCCGGAUCCCUACAACAGGCAAGAAGGAUGACAUGGAAGCGACAGAUGAUCUGGUUAUCUACCUCUAGAAUGCGUACCAGCUUAAGUUUCUCUAGGAUUCCUGGAAGCAAUUGAUGCGGGGCAGCCGGCGGCAUUUUGUCAAAUUCUCAUUUUGGAGAAAUUCUGGAGAAGUUCCUAUUGUGUUUAUUGUACUUUGUUGAAAAUUUAUCUCCUUUAGAGGGAAAUUUGGCAGUCGUUUUGCAGGCACAUCAGGACAUUGCAUUAGAACUAGAUUAAACCGACAUGUAACGGCUAGCACAGAACGGCAUGGGUGCUAUGCUUAUUUGCGAGACAAUCCUAUGGGCAUUUCAAGA